CCAUCCCAUCGCACCCCCCUCAUAAACCACCUCCCAGUUCACUUGCAACGCACCAUAGAUCCCUACAUCCUAACAGUUUAGCAAGCGCCUAAGACAUCAGUAUCUGCCACAAUCUUAUUAUACCACCUAUUCGACGAUAGACCCACCACGACCACCACCACCAUGCAAUCAACCCACCAGCCCAGCCAACCCGCUCAACCUCCCAAAGAAGCAGGCUACAACCAAGCCUCCAAUCCAGUCACACAGACACCAUACGAGCAGCGCGUGCCCCAGGAAUCCACCCAGCCCCGACAGCGCGGGGACGCCAUGUCCUCCAUCACGCGGUCCGCGGAUUCCCGCCCGGCCAAUGAUGAGGCCCUGCGGCAGCUGAACGCAGACCGAGAGCAGGAGCGCGAGGCUAUGCACAAGGCGUCGGAUGUGGAUCUGGAGUACGGCGUCGAGCAGCAGCCGGCCGAGGGGGAAAUCGCCCAUGCAGUCAAGAGUACGUCGGAACGGGCGCGUGCCCGCGCGCAGGCCGGGGCCCACGCUGGACCCGUGGGGAGCGCCAAUGGACCCGGGGGCCCGGGGUAUGAGAAGGGACUGGCGGCCGAUUUGGAUCGAAAGGCCGAAGAACAUGAGCGCAUCCUCGGGGACCGCGUGGGACAGUCCCCGGCGGAACCGGACGGGGAUGGGGUGCUGGCUGAGAGGGAGGCGUUGAGGGAGCGGAAACUGAAGCAGGAUAGUGAGUUGGAUGUAAAGGGGGCGGUCUCGAAGGGCACGGGAGAUCCUGUUGUGGGUUGAGAUCGUGUUACUGUCCUUUUUUUCAUUUAUAGAGCUCAUGCGGGAAUUGAGGUAAUGAAC